AACAUCUAAAAGCCACACAUCGAAACGGAUGUACAGACAAUAUUAACAUAUGAUAGAAACCUUAACCUUAGCUUUUAUCCAUGACAUGAUACUCGCCUCAUCUCUUCUUCUCUUAACCCUUCAUUUCUCUCUCUAAAAACCCCCAAAUUCUCUCUCUACCUUUCUUAAUCGCUUCUUCAAUGGCUUCAACUCUCGUAUUCAACUGCUCUCUCGCCGCUCCAAUCCGAGCUUCCUCCCGAUCCGCAAGAAAGCCCGACCCUAAUAGCAGAAAAACGGCUUCUUCUACCACCUGGUGGGCUCCACUUUUCGGCUGGUCCUCCGAUCCCGACUACAUUAACACCGGCAGUGAUACUGUUAAUAAACAAGCCGAGAUAUCAGAGUCCGAAUCAGGAUCGGAUGGAGCCAGAUCUAAGUUUUCUCUCGGUUGCUUCACGGAAGAGAAAGCUAGACAGCUUAGGAAGAAGACUGCAGAGAGUAGCUCGUUUCACGAUAUAAUGUACCAUUCAGCGAUUGCGUCUCGUCUCGCUUCCGAUAUUUCGGGUCGCUCCGGUAAUGAGUGAAUCGGCACUAUCAGAGUCCGGAUGAGCUGUCAUGCACUUCUCCCUGAUCCUGGCCCAAGGCCCUAUUCGUAUAAGGUUUUCUCUCAUUAAUCCCACAAAAAUAUUAAAUAUUUUUUUAUAAAAAUAUCUCUAACAAUUGCCGAUAUUUAUAAUUCUAUAAAAUAUAAAAUAUCCAAAUUUAGUUAUCAAA